AUGCUACGCCAUAAAUCUCAAAAGGAACUCCUUCACUUGUCUCGUCAAUUGAUCCAACCAUUAUUACCAAACUUCCACAAAGGUCAAGCGGGGAAGAUCGUUGUUAUUGGGGGUAAUGAAGAUUAUACUGGAGCUCCAUUUUUUGCAAGUCAUUCUGCUGCUUUAGUAGGUGCCGAUUUAUCUCAUGUAAUAUGUGAAAAAGCUGCUGGUCCGGUGAUCAAAUCGUAUUCCCCUGAUUUAAUGAUCCAUCCUUAUUUAAUGGAUUUAAAUAACCCUCAUUUAAAUUUAAACAAUUCUGAACUUGAAAAAUUGAAAAGUUUACCCAUUGAAGAAAUCAUUAAAACUAAUGACAACGCAGUGUUGAAUAAACUCAUUGAUGAAUUGAUUUUACCUAAAGUAACGUCAUUGUUGAAUAGAAUUGAUAUAGUUGUGGUUGGGCCUGGUUUCGGCAGGGAUCCAUUAAUGUUAAAGUCAUUGAUUCGCAUUAUUGAGGAAGUCAAAGUAUUGAAUUUACCCAUUAUAUUAGAUGCUGAUUCAUUGUAUCUUGUAUCGUUGUCGCCAAAGAUUAUUGCAAACUAUCCCAAAGCCAUCAUUACUCCUAAUGUUGUUGAAUUCCAAAGAAUUGCCAAAGCUUUAUCGAUAGAUGUUGAUUUAUCAGAAUCAAAUAAAGAUAAAUUGAUUGAUCAAACAAUCGAAGUGUCGCGCAAGUUAGGUGAUAUUAUUGUUUUCCGUAAAGGUGAACACGACUUGAUUGUCAAAUCAUCCAAGUUUUUAAUCAAUGAAUUUACUGGGUCGAAUAAACGAGUAGGAGGACAAGGUGAUACAUUGACGGGGGCAAUUGCAACUCUAGUCAAUUGGUCAAAUAAUUAUAUUUUGAAAUUAUGGGAUAAUCAAGUUGAUUUGGAUCAAGAGGAUGCUAAUCUAUUGGCAUGUUUUGCUGCUAGUUCAAUCGUUAGAAAUGCUAGUAGUAAAGCAUUUAACAAAUAUGGAAGAUCAAUGCAAACAUCCAACAUUCAUGAAUUUUUACAUGAUUCGUUUACAGAAUUAUUUGGUGAUAGCAUAUAUAGAACCAGCAAUAUUUGA